GCAGACACCAAGCCAUCAUUAUCAUCAUGCUCAAAUUGCUUGUGUUUGUAGCUGCCAUUUAUGGCGCAAAUGCUGGAGUAAUCACAACAGGAUUAGGAAUCGGACAUGGAGCUGUCGUGGCUGCUGCUCCUGUUGCUGUAGCUACCCCUGUUGUUAAAACAGUCGGCGCCACUUCGUACCAAAACUACAACCAAAUUAGCUUGCAUCCAACUGCUGUUGUUGCCCACGCUCCCGUUGCUGUUGCUCACGCUCCUGUAGCUGUAGCUCAUGCUCCUAUAGCUGUAGCUCACGCACCUAUAGCUGUAGCUCACGCUCCUGUUGCUGUAGCUCAUGUUGGAAGUGUAGGUCUUGGAAGUAUCGGAAUCGGAAAAAUUGGGUUGGAAGGGUUGGGAGAAGAAAUUGGAAUUAAAGGGAUUUAAGACGUGUAAUAAUACGAGCGUUAGGUUUAAGUGUAAAAAUAAUUUAUUUUUGGUAUUUUAUUAAAAUAAAACUUGCGAAAAUAUUGA